UAGUAUAUAUGGUUAAUUAGCAGCUGAAUUCGUGUUUAAAGAGGAAGAGCAUUUGAAAGCAAACAUCCAAUAUGGAGGUGGAGCAAGUCCUUCACAUGAAUGGCGGAUGUGGGAGAACAAGCUAUUCAAACAACUCGCUUCAUCAAAGAGCAGCGAUUUUAUGGGUGAAGCCCAUUUUAGAUGCAAGCAUAGAGAAGCUGUGUUGCUCCAACCUCCCUGCAGAGUGUUUGAGGAUAGCUGACUUGGGAUGUUCUUCAGGACCAAACACCCUUUUAGUCGUAUCAAAUGUCAUCGACAUGAUCCAGAAUACAUGUCAAAAAUUGAACUGUCGACCUCCAUCGCUCCAAGUAUUUUUGAAUGAUCUUCCCCAAAACGACUUUAACACAGUUUUCAAAUCAUUGCCAAGCUUCUACAAAAAACUCGAAGAAAGGAAGUGGCUGGAGCCAUGCUUCAUUGCAGGAAUGCCCGGUUCUUUCUAUGGCAGGCUCUUUCCUCAGAGUUCUAUCAACUUUUUUCACUCUUCUUACUCUUUGCACUGGAUCUCUAAGGUUCCAAAAGGUUUGGUAACAAAAGGAGGACUCAACGAGGGAAACAUAUGCAUAGCCAAGACAAGCCCACCUUCUGUGUUUAAUGAAUACUUUGAGCAAUUUAAGAAAGACUUCAGAGUGUUUCUAAGGUCUCGUGCAGAAGAGUUGGUCCCUCAGGGUAGAAUGGUCCUCACAAUCAGGGGGAGCAUAAACAGUCAUGAACCCCUCUCUAUAUUCGAAUUUCUUGGAUUGAAAAUCAAUGAUAUGGUUUUAGAGGGUUUGAUUGAAAAGAAGAACUUAGACUACUUCAAUAUUCCUUACUAUGAACCUACAAUGGAGGAACUGAUGGAGCUGAUCGAGACCGAAGGAUCCUUUAGGUUGCCGGACCAUCAAGUGUUUAAACGUGAUUGGGACUCUUCUAUAAAGGAAGCUGAUAGUGGUCUCGGUAAGAAAGCAAGGGCGGGUAUACUUUCCACUCAAAUUAGGUCUGUGGUGGAGCCUCUUCUGAUCAGUCACUUUGGAGAGGGACUCAUGGAAGAUUUGUUUCACAGGUUUGAAAAAGAUGUUCUUGAUCACAUGGAAAAGGAGAAGUGCCAGUCUAUAGAUAUAGUUCUAUCGUUGACAAAGGAGUAUUGAGCAGAAUAAUCGAGAACAUGCAUUGUUGUGGUUAAGGAUAAGUGUUUCUAGUUUUGGUUAGUAGCCAUGGCGUCGUACGUAGUCUUAAACUGCGUCACAUUACGGUGUUUCUAUUAUUAGAGUAUUACAUAAACAAACAGAGUUUGUUCUUCAUAUUCAUAUACUCGAUCUUUUCAAACUGUCAUUCAAUCUAGUACCACCGUUGUGGCAUUUUUUUUUU